UGCUCUUUGGAGAAGGGAAUAAAGCGCUCGCGGUACUGCUGGGCCCAAUCACGGGGCUCUGUGGGGUUCCACAUCUUGCGGUACACCCCCAUCUUCUCCGCCAGGGACGACAGGGCGCGGGGAGUUCCAAGAAGAGUAGGUACCAGAGACCAUGCUCGUUCCCUUGACCCCAAGGCUCCACGGGUCAUGUGCAACAUGGCCAACCCCUUUCCCGGGAGCCUGAACAGAAGGACAUGGGCGGGGCCAGAGGUCACCUGGAGGAAACACCUUCGCGCGUGCCACUCUUCUGGAGACGUUCCCACCCCGGCAGCUGCACCCUUAUGGUUGGUCCUGUCCCACCUACUGUGGUCAGAGGUCGUAGGGUUUGGGUGUUCUGCAAACCCAGGGACACUGUAGUGAUACAACUGGUCACUGCGGAGUUUGGACAGCGAGGUGGACCUCAGGAGUAUAGGAAAAGCUCAGAAAGGCUACACAAGGGGAGCAGAACCGCCCUCCCCCGGCCAUGCAAAUGCCCUCUUCCCUCACCUUAGCCAACGCGCGACUGUCAUUGAGCCCUCUGCGCAUGUGCAGAAGACAACCGGGGCCUGUAGGAUCGGCUUCAGCCAGCAAUUAAAUGCAUGCUCAAAGCUAGGGCCAAACCUAUUUUCUCAACUAUUGCACGUGCAAGAAUAAGUCCCGGGACCCAAAAUCGGCUUCAGCAAGCAGCAAGACUCAUGCGCAAGGCCUGGGUCAGUGAGCAGCCGAACCCUCUGUGGAAUUGGGAGCAGUCAGUCAGUGGCACCCACCAGGCAGCGCCCAACAUCCUUGCCCCUACUUCUGGAGCUCACGAAGGAGAGCAGUCGCCAUGCGCCUCCCUGAUAGCCUCCAGGACCUGGCUGACAGUGAAGCAGUGCGCUUUUUGAGGAGACCAAAGAGCAUUUUGCGGAUCUUCGCAGGGGUUUUCUCCCUGGUCAUCUUCUCUUCCCUGCUGACUGAUGGCUACCAGAACAAGCCGGAGUCUCCCCAGCUCCAUUGCAUCCUCAACAGCAACAACAUGGCCUGUAGCUUGGCAGUGGGAGCGGGCUUCCUGGCCUUCCUCAGCUCCCUGGCCUUCCUCGCCUUGGACGCCCAUGAGAGCCACAUCACUAGGACCCGCUUCAAGACGGCCUUCCAGCUCUUAGACUUCAUCGUGGCCAUCCUCUGGGCAGGCGUUUGGUUCGUAGCCUUUUGCUUCCUGGCCAGCCAGUGGCAUCGUUCCCGAGCCAAGCACUUCCUCCUGGGGAGCAACAGUGCCAAGGCUUCCAUCACCUUUGCUUUCUUCUCUGUCCCUGUCUGGAUAUUCCAGGCUUACCUGGCCUUCCAGGACCUACGAGAGGAGUCUCCAGUCCCCUACAAGCGCUCCCUGGAUGAGGGUGGUGUAGUCCUGAACACCCUUUCCCCUCCGACUGCUAGCUCUGUCAACAUACCCACCACAGGCCCCAACAACCUGAGCUAUACCAGCUCAGCUCUGUCUCCCUACCUUAGCACUCCGAAGGUCCCUCGCCUUGCUAUGAUGCUGGACAGCUGAACAGCCUUAUCCAUAUCAGUAAAGAUAU